CAAAACCCAGGAACCAUGACAUUCAGUGUGUUUCCACUUUGCACAUUUGUUCGCAGACGAGUUGAGUUGAGGCUGAGGGGAAGAGGUGCGUUACUGUGGCACCAGGGUACUGUUACACAGACAGACACAGGGAGACAGAGUUCAAUUCAUUUCUGUUCUUUGAUGAGGCUGGACAGAAGCAGACUUUGCAUGGCUUGUAUGGCUUUUCCUGUCCUGAUGCCGUUACCAUAGCAAUAUGACCCUCAACACCCAGAGAGAGAAGGAGCCUUUGCAACGGCGAAGCAGCACGCCGAUUCCUCCCCUUUACCAGCACCCAUCCUGGACUCGGGACCCUCAGCUUUCUGGCAACACUCAGUCGGACCUGGAGCAUUCUCGUCCACUUCGCGGCCACCUUCCUCUGGGGCAGUCAGCAUCCUACAACCCAGGAGACAAGUCCCACCACUACCGCGCUCACUGGAGUUCAGACUCUGAUGAUGAUUCACAGAGUGAUUCGGACUGUGUUUACAGAGUGGUGUUGCUUGGCGACCAUGGUGUCGGAAAGACCAGCCUUGCAGGAAUUUUUGCAGGAGUCACAGAGAAAGAUGAACAACCUGGGGAAGACACAUACGAGCGGACGCUGACAGUUGAUGGAGAGGAAACCACACUGAUCGUCAUGGAUACAUGGGAGAAUGACAAACUGGAUGAUGAGGAUCCCUCCUUCCAUGAUGACUGUCUCAAAGUGGGGAGUGCUUAUGUUAUUGUCUAUUCUGUCACUGACCGCUCAAGUUUUGAUUCUGCCGCUGAGCUCCGCAUCACAUUAAGGAGGACUCGCCAGGCCGAAAACCUUCCCAUCAUUCUUGUAGGGAACAAAAGUGAUUUGGUUCGAGCCAGAGAAGUAGCUGUGGAAGAGGGCCGUGCAUGCGCUGUGGUGUUUGACUGCAAGUUCAUUGAAACAUCAGCUUCUCUGCAGCACAACGUGGCCGAGCUCUUUGAGGGUGUGGUACGACAGAUCCGCCUCCGUCGUGAUGGAAAUGAGGUUACCAAGCACAGACGCUCCAUCUACAAGCGCAAAGAGAGUCUUACUAAGAAGGCUCGGCGUUUCCUGGACAAAUUGGUGGCACGCAACAACCAGCGCAUGGCAGUCAAAGUGCGCUCCAAGAGCUGUCAUGACCUCGCUGUUCUUUGAAGGCACAUCUCCAUCAGAAGUUUUUUUUAAUAAUAUUUUUAUUAUCUAUUUUUGGCUUUAUUUUUUUCAAUGGCUGUGAUAUUAUGGACAAAAGUGUUUGUUUUGUCUCUCACAAUCAGCGAGAGGGCAAAGCAAUCAGCAGCAAACCAAAUAAAAAGACACUUACGUAUUUACAUUCAUUAGUGUGACCCGCUCAGUCAAGUGUUUUACUUUCAUGUCAGAAGUUUUGUAUAAUUUCCUCCAGAUGUCCUAAAUAUGAAUAUUCCAGAAUAAUGUAAAGUAUCAUAACUGUCGGACCUAUAAGAUGUAUGAGUGUCUAAAUUUCAGUAUUUGUAGGUUUGUGUGGACAUGCAGGCAUAUUUGCCAUCAUUGCGGGAGUGUGAUUUUCUUUUAGGUCUGUUGUGUUGUCCUGAGGUUUCUACUGUUUACAGUUUUCU